UUUACCUAGCGUGGGUAGUAAUCGGUCGUGCGUGGCCGUUGUACGUCCGGUUUUUACUUUGGCGCGAUUUCGAAUUCCAGGCCACAAGUUUUGGGCUUGGCUCUCCACCAGCAGCUGUUUGGGUUUCCCAGCCGCUAAACUCGAGGCAGUUUGAAUCCUCUCUGCACCGUGAGCCCCAGUUCCGCGGCCGUGUGCCUGUUGUUCGGGCCAGACGACUUGACUUGCGAUAAGCUCGAGUUCUUGUGGAUUUGAUCGUGUGGGAGGGCACGAACACAACAACCAAACAUGCUCAAGUUCGCCAGGACUCGCUUCAAGCGCGGGGCUACCGACGCCGAGAGGGAGAAGCUCAAGCAGGAACUCUUCACCUUCAGGAAGACCGUUGAACAUGGGUUUCCGCAUCGCCCCAGCGCUGUGGCCUUUGACCCCGAGAUGAAACUACUGGCGAUCGGCACCCGCUCUGGCCUCAUUAAGAUCUAUGGCCAGCCAGGUGUGGAGUUCUCGGCCAGACACUCGGUGGAGAGUCAGAUCAUCAGGCUCUUCUUCCUGCCCAACGAGGGCCGACUGAUCAGUCUGCUGGAUGACAACUCGCUGCACCUGUGGGAGGUCAACAUCAAGGAUGGCAAGUCUGUCCUGGAGGAGGUCAAGGACUUUUCCCUGGAGGGCAGGCUGAAGAAGAUCUCGGUGUGCUGCCUGCCAUCCACACAGGAGCACCUGUUCCUGGGUACAGAGGGAGGAAACAUCUACCUGCUGGACGUCAAGACAUUCCAGCUGCUGGACCACAUCAUCUACCAGGAUGUCGUCAUGCAGAAUGUGCCUGAUGACUACAAGGCAAACCCUGGCGCGGUGGAGGCCAUCGCCGAGCACCCAACGGACUCAAACAAACUUCUCAUUGGCUACAACCGUGGACUGAUCGUCCUGUGGGACAACAAGUCCUGCAAUGCCGAGCAGACGUAUGUUGCGCCCCAGCAACUGGAGUCCCUGGCGUGGCAUCGCUCCGGUGACCAGUUCAUGAGCGCUCACGCUGACGGCAGCUACUGCAUCUGGAACUCCGCAGACGCCUCCAAACCUGCACAGAACGCCACCAUCCCAUAUGGACCUUUCCCAUGCAAGGCCAUUAACAAGAUACAAUGGCUGACCACAAAAAGUGAGCCGUUCAUCGCGUUCUCAGGAGGCAUGCCGCGUGCCAGCUACGGGGACCGUCACUGUGUCACCGUCAUGCAGGGGAAGACUCACGUCGUGUUCGACUUCACAUCGCGCGUGGUCGACUUCUUCACCAUCGGAGACACUGACCGAGAAUGCGAGUGGGAUGACCCCCACACCCUGGUGGUCCUGGCUGAGGAGGAGCUGGUUCUGAUGGACCUGCAGUCGGAGGGCUGGCCGACGUUCCGCAUGCCGUACCUGUCCUCCCUCCACUCCUCCGCCAUCACGUGCUCCGCCGUACAGACCAACGUGCCCGACCAGCUGUGGGACAAGAUCACGGCCGCCGGGGAUGCACAGAUGGCCGCCAACCACACCAGCAGGGAGUGGCCGAUUGAUGGUGGCAGUGUCCUGUCAGAGACCCCGACAUCAAAGGACCUGCUACUGACUGGACACGAGGACGGCUCUGUGCGGUUCUGGGAUGUGUCGACCCCAGCGCUGCGUCUGCUGUACAAACUGGACACCAAGGCGUACUUCAGCACACAUGACGACAGCGAGGUGGUGGCCGCCGCAGACGCCGGCGAGGAGGACUGGCCGCCAUUCCGCAAAGUGGGUACGUUUGACCCGUACAGUGAUGACCCUCGGCUGGGUGUGCAGAAGAUCCUGCUGUGCCCGUGGAGCGGCACGCUGGUGCUGGCCGGUACUGCAGGACAGGUGGUGCUGCUGGAUAUCAACACAGAGGAGGCCGAGGUGGACCUGGAGGUGACGACUGUGAACAUUGUGAAUGACCGGGAUGGGUUUGUGUGGAAAGGACACGACAGUCUGACCCCCAGGAGCACAACUGUGAAGGUUCCCGCCGGGUUCCAGGCCAAACACCUGGUCCAGUGUACCCCACCAGCCUCAGUCACUGCCCUGGCCAACCACUCAGAAAACCAGCUGCUUGCCAUUGGAACCAGCCAUGGCUUCUCCAUCUUUGACUACGUACAGAAGAAGGUGAUCCUCACCAAGUGCACCUUGAACCCCAACGACCUCUCAGCCACCGGGGAGAGCAGCAUGUCCCGCCGCAAGUCCCUCAAGAAGUCGCUGAGGGAGUCCAUCAGACGCCUGAGGAAACGUGGGUCACGGAGCACGCCAUCCAAGAAGGAGGCCAAGCCCAGGGUGGAGGCCGUGCCGACGACAGAUCUGGACGCUCCAGAGAAGGGGGAGGAGGCAGCGGCGCCCGUACAGAGGCUCGUGGAGGCAAGGCAACCAGAUGGAGACAUGGCCAGCAUGGUGAGAUGUCUGGUGUUUGCAGAAACAUUCCUACGUGAGGGUGCCUCAGCCGGGCUGUCUCUAUGGGCCGGCACCAACUCAGGCGGCAUCUUUGUGUACAGUGUGACCAUGCCGGAGGCAGACAAGAGAGAGGAGGAGGAUGUGGUGGCAGAACUGGGCAAAGAAGUCCAGCUGAAGCAUCGUGCCCCCGUCGUGGCUCUAAGUGUGAUGGACGCCAGCAGCGUACCCCUGCCCGACCCCAUGGACGUGAAACACGAGCGGGCGGACGCCCCCAACAUGAACGGCGCCCACACUGUGGUGAUCGCCAGCGAGGAACAGUUUAAGGUGUUCACUCUGCCCAGACUGAAGGAGAAGACCAAGUACAAGCUGACAGCCAAGGAAGGAGUCAGGGUCAGGAAGGUCGGCUUCACACAAUAUCGCAGCCGCAGUGAUGAGAAGCAUUUGGAGCAGCACCUGAGUCUGGUGACCAAUGUGGGCGACUUCCUGGUGUUCAGCAUCCCACAGCUGCGCAGGCAGGUGCAGCACAGCUGCAUGAGAAAGGAGGACAUCAACGGCAUCACCUCCACCAUCUUCACCAGGGACGGAGAAGCGUUCUUCUUGCUGUCCCCAUCGGAACUGCAGCGGUGCACGUUGUCGGCCAGGGUGGCGGUGGAACCCCUGUGUAUGUUGGAACUGCCCGAGGGUGCCCGGCCCGCACCCCCUCCCGAACCUGAACCUGAGGCCCCAGCAGAGGCUGAGGGAGAGGGGGAGAAGACUGAAGAGGAGAAGCCGGCAAGUGUACCAGAGACUCUUCCAAGUGUUCCUGCCAUCGUUGUAGAAACCAGCCCUCCAAACCCAGUUGAGGAUGAGACAGAAGAAGCAGCAGCUGAGGAGGCAGCGGCACCAGAAAAGCCAGAAUCUGAACACGAAGCAGAAGGUGUGCUUGCUGACAUCCAGAAGACCCUGGAGAACACCAGCAUUCUGGACAGUACAGCGGACGAGUCAAAGGACUCAGUCGGGGACAUCACACUGGACGAAAUCAAGGAUUACAUCGCGUCAAAAGAAGGCCCAGAUGAGGGCAGUGCAGACAAGCCUGCUGUAGAUGAAGCCCCUAACGAGGAGGCUGGUGCUGAGGAACAAGCCAACAGCACGCAAGAUGCUGUAACAGAAAACGCUGUAACAGCAGACAGUGAACAAACAGAGGGAGGCAUUGUUGCUAAUGAUGAGAUUCCGACAACUAAGACCACUGGACUUAAAGAGGAAGACCAAGAGGACCAACAAGUAUCAGAACCACUGCAGGAACUCAGAAUCACAGAGGGCGAUGACGACAAGUAGUUGUUGAGAAGUAGUAGAGUAUGAGCCAGGCAAGGCUGGUGUUGGAGGAGGGUUGACCAGGCAUAGCCUGCUCUGUAGAAUCAUGUUUGAAAAUUGCUAUUGAGAAUGAUGUGAGGAUGAAAAUGAUGAAUUGCUGACCGAUCAAUGCUUACCAUUCCAUGAACUGAAAAGUUACUGAUUCUGUAACAAUUCUAGCCGAGAUCAGGAUCGAGAUGGUGGAAAAGAGUUUUUAACACCCUAACAAAUGAAUUUUUCUGGAGGUCUAACCUGUUUGUAUGGUAAUAAUAAUGUACAUUUUGUAGAAUGCUGUGGUGGAGGCCUUGUCAAUAUCGCAUGAGGCUGCUAAUUGUAAGCACUGGAUGAUCUUUGACCUUGUAGUGCGCUGCACGCUUGACACUGUUAAUGUGGCUACUUAAGCUGGGACUUAUUUUUCGCUUGGGUGCUUUUUUCUUUUUGAGUAUUUGUGUGGAACCUAAUUGGUGAUUUACUUGAAGACUGACUCCCCACUUGGGAUGUCCCUGUGAUUUAGCUGCAUCUGAAGAAAUGGUGGUGGUCUUGACUAUGUGCUGUGUGCCGUGGUGUAGGGUGGAAAUAAACCAAAAAUUUUUAUCUCAGACCUUUUUCUCAUUGUACCAAUGUUUUUAUGGAUGAUGGAGAAUAAAUUUUGAAGGAUUACAAUGUAA